AUGCUAGCUUAUAAAACGGUUCGUCCAGCGUCUGCCGGUGUGAGAGUGGUUGCGCGUGCACCGCUGCACACGGCGCGGGUGCUGUUGAACGGUGGUCGAGACCCGCGGUCGCCGCUGUCUAUCUUUAGAGACACUUUCAAGAAGGAGUGGGAGAAGUCGCAGGAGUUACAGGAGAAUAUCAGGACGUUGCAAGAUGCGUCUGGGAAGAUCGGUGAGACGGAGGCGUACAGGAAGGCGCGGGAGGCCUUCCUACGCGCGCAGAAGGGGUCUACGAUCGUCGGGAAGACGCUGAAGAAGACAGGGGAGACCGUGGAAGGUAUAGCGUCGAAGGCGUGGGAUUCGGAGAUCGCGAAGGCUUCGCGGAAGGCCGCGGUGAAGACGGCACAGAAACUGGACGAAGGGUUUGAGCCCGUGCGGCAGACACAGCUGUACAAGGAUGUCUCUGAGGUGAUCGACGACGGGGAUAGUACCAGUUACGGUGGAUUUUUUACUCGCGAGGAGAGGCAACGUAGGAGGGAGAAGGCGCUCGCUUCGGGAGAGCGUGUCCGUGCCGUCAAGAGCAACGACGAGGCUGGCACUGCACUGGUGGCGACAGGUGUAGAGUCCAAAGAGUCCCUCGGUAAGAAGAUGGAGGAUUUCAAGGAGAAGACCGCCGUCGGCAGGUCCCUACACGGGCUGAAACACAGGCUCUGGGACGAGAGCGAGAACCCGCUCAUCGUGUUCAUGCGCAAAGUCUCCGGUAAAGUGGGCAAGUUCUUCGCAGAGACGGAGUCCGGCCGUGUGUACACGCAAUUCAAGCUCAUGGACCCGAACUUCAACAGUGUCACUUUCACGAAGCAUCUCCGGGAAUACGUCGUCCCUGAGAUCCUUGAGGCGUACGUGCGUGGCGACGAGAAGGUGCUCAAGAAAUGGUUCAGCGAGGCCCCGUACAACGUCUACGCUGCACAGCAGAAGAUGUUCAAAGAGAAGGCUUUGUUUGCUGACGGCCGUAUCCUCGACAUCAGAGGCGUCGAGAUUGUCAGUGCAAAACUGCUCCAACCACAAGACCUUCCCGUCCUCGUCGUCGGGUGUAGAGCCCAAGAGAUUAACUUGUACAAGAAGGUCAAGACGGGGGAGAUAGCAGCGGGCAGCGAGUCCAAUAUCCUCAUGAGCUCGUACGCGAUGGUGUUCACAAGAGACCCAGAACAGGUCACAGACGAGGAAACGGAAGGGUGGAAAAUCCUCGAAUUCGUCCGCGGCGGGUCCAGACAGUUCACCUGA